CAGACGCCGACUAGCUUAGCAAAGUUAAUAAGCCUUUCCCUGUUGUAAGAAAAUUUCUAAGCUUCUAAGGUAUAAAAAAAAAAAAUAAAAAAAAAAAAAUAAAAAAGGUAGGUCUGUAAAGAAAAUAACUAGCAAAACAAACAUGACGAUUAUUCAAAAUUUCUUUUUAUAGCCAUCAGAUGUGGUGCCUUAGAUUAUCGAAAUGUUUGCAAUAAAAAUCAAUGCGCAUAUAAAUGUUACUUUUCUAUUUGUACAUUAAUUUGUGAAAUGCUGACAAAUUGUAUAAAAAUUCACAUCGAAUUAUAUACCAGGUGCCGAAAACUACAUGAGAUGUAUAUCGACCAAAUUGAUCUUCGCACUAUCUUGCAAUCUAUAAUAGCAUUUAUAAAUAUGCACGUAAACUUGUGGUGGGCAUUAUGAAAUUCGGCCCAAGCCACAUAGAACUUCACUUCAAUUUUUUUUCCAAUGCGCAAUUGCAAGAAGGAAAGGAUGAUGAAAACAUAAUUUUGCAUAAUAUACCAGAGACGUAGAGUUAUGAAUCAAAUAAGACUCGAAGGUAGGGAUGAAUUUGAAGUGGAAUUACAUUAGCAAAAACGCAAAAUAAUUUCCCCAACUUAUUUGCAUAAAGGUUAAAAGCACUUUACACCUUAUCCCAUGUUAUAGAGGGUAGAUACUGUAAAACACACUUAUUUGGAAUAUAUUUUAAAGAAAAUUACCACAAUUUAUCCAUACUCCGAAACAAAAAUAUCUUCCUUACGCUUCUGAUAUUAAAUUUGCUUCCAACCCUUACUUUUAGGUGCAAUUAAAUCUACACAUUCGAAACUUUCCACCCAUCGGUUCUGUUUUGUGUUGCUACUGAAAAUUGUGUCAUUUUUUUCCAAAUUCCGACUCAUUUAUUAGAUGUAAAUACAAAAAACAUAUUUAAUAUUCCCCAUUAUGAACGGAUCUAAUUCGCUCAGUUACUAAUAUAAAAACGAUAAAUUACACAGUAAUAAUUAUAACUAAUAGAAAUGAUGAAUUACAGUACGAGGAAUAACAUUAAUAUUUAAUAAGAAAAAAAAUUAAUAAAUAAAUAAAUAGUUUUCAAAUCUUCAAAAUUAGAAAAUUGUUAAUAACCAGCCUAGCAAAUGCUUGAGAAUAAUUAUACGGAAUAUCGAAAAUGGAACCGGACGAAGGAAAUUUUGAGGAUAAUAUCUGGGCUGGCAUAUUAUGCGUGGUAUUCUUUUUCCUAAUCAUAUCGGUGCUGGCGUUCCCGAACGGUCCGUUCACACGGCCGCAUCCAGCUGUAUGGCGCAUAUUAUUCGGUUGUUCGGUCCUAUACUUGUUGACACUACAGUUUUUAAUGUUUCAAAACCUCAAAACCAUAAUGAAUAUUUUGUACUGGCUAGAUCCCAAGUUAAAAGAUUUCCACAUAAAUAUGGAUAAGGAAUAUGGUGUCAAUUGUUCGGAUAUUACAUUAGAACGUAUUAAAGGUCAUCUUGACGUCUUUGCUUGGGGCCAUUUUUUAGGGUGGGCUUUUAAAGCCAUCCUAAUUCGUCACAUGGGCAUUUUGUGGGCGAUAUCGGUAAUGUGGGAAAUAACGGAAAUAACUUUCGCUCAUUUGUUGCCCAAUUUCGUGGAAUGUUGGUGGGACGCCUUGAUUUUAGAUGUUCUACUUUGUAAUGGGUUGGGCAUUUGGGUUGGCUUGAAAAUAUGCAAAAUCCUAGAAAUGCGUGAAUACAAAUGGGCCAGUAUCAAAGACAUUUCAUCGACCAGUGGUAAAAUUAAGCGCGCCAUGCUACAAUUUACACCCGAGAGCUGGACUUCUAUAAGAUGGCUAGAUCCGAAAUCAACAGCUAUGAGAUUUGCAGCUGUUAUACAAUUGGUAAUAUUCUGGCAGAUAACCGAACUGAAUACUUUCUUCUUAAAGCAUAUAUUUGAAAUGCCACCCGAUCACUAUGUGGUGAUAGCGCGUUUAAUAUUCAUCGGUCUUUUUGUGGCGCCAUCUGUAAGACAAUAUUAUACAUAUGUAACAGACACGCGUUGUAAACGCGUUGGCACUCAAUGUUGGGUUUAUUGUGCCAUCAUGGUCUCUGAGGCGAUACUGUGUAUUAAAAAUGGCAAGGAAUUGUUUGAACGCACGCAGGCUAUCAAUAUUGUGUUGUGGCUGACGGUACAAGUCAUUAUUUCGGUAGCAUUUGUCUAUGGUUGUGUUUUAUGGCAGCGUAUGAUGGAUAAACGUAAAGCGAAAAAGCUACUUUCAUCUUCUACGAAUCAGUCACCCACGAAAAAAUUUAAAACUUUAGAUAAUGCAGAAUCGAAAGGCCCCAUUUAUUAUGUACAUCCGAAAAUCAUUGCACAUGCACGAGGAAAGCUAAAUAAAUCCAUUAGCAAACAUGUUGGCAUUGAGAGCACACCGUAUGAUAUUAAAAUUAAAAUUGUUUAACAUUUUCUGUAAAAUAAACGUUCAGAUGAAUUAUUAGUAAUAGUCAUGCAAGUUAAUAAAUAAAAAUGCAUAUUUAUGUUAAAAGAGAAAAAUACCU